AUGGCUCUCGCCCAGCGGUCAACGGGCCGAAGGCACGAAACAAGGAGAAGGUCUGGUGACGAGAGGCCUGGCCAGGUCGGUGGAGACGGUGUGGGGAAGCGCGAGCGGAUGGCCGAAAGGGGCAAUCCGGGGUGCCGGGGGAUAUGUAGUUACAGAGUAGUGUCGGAUACUGGACUAUCUAUCUUCUCUAGCAAGGAAAGGCAGAAGACAAAGAGUGUCCGUCAAGCUGAACUGGAGGUGUGUACCCAAACCGUUGGCCAGGAUGGCGUUGCCUCUUCGGCAGCUUUGACCCGACCACCUCCUACUAUGUAG